GUUGUGAAGUGUACUUGAAUCCGAGCCCUCCCGCGCUUGUUUUAGUUUGCACGCCCAAUACGCCUAAAGACAAAUUAGAGUACUAUGGGAGACUUACGUGAGCAUUAUAUAAUAAAAUGUGGAGACUUUGCGUGCGAGCCGGUGGACCCAGUUUUGGUGUCCAUAGAGGCUGCCCUCGAAUCUGGGCAGCCUCUUUCCGUCAUCUCGCUGGACGGAAAGAGCAAGGAGCUCUUUAACAACCGCGUCAAGCCGAUGCAGGUGUUUGCGCUGUGCGAGGCGCUGUACGAGUACUCAGGCUUGGCCGUACUGCGGCUGCCGUACAACUUCCUCAACGACAUGGCGGCGCAGGCCGUGGCACGGCUCAUGCAGGUGAACCCGGGUCUGCAGCUGCUGGACCUGACCGGCAAUGAGGUGACGGACAAGGGCGCGGCGGCGAUCACAGAGGUGCUGGCCAAGCCCGAGGCGGGGCUCAAGGCGCUCAUCCUGCGGCACAACCCCAUCGGCGACACAGGCGCGCUGGCCGUGGCCGACAUGCUCAGGUCCAACCGCUCGCUCACGCUCCUGGACCUGGCGGACUGCCACGUGGCGGUCAAGGGGCUGAUCGGGCUGGCCAACGCCCUCACAGCGCCCGAGGGCAACAGGAGCCUGCAGGUUCUGGACCUUGAAGAUGCCCAGCUGGCCGCGCCCCAGGACUCCACGUACCAGCACAUGUCCCGCAUGCUGGCCACCAACACCACCCUCACCGAGCUGUCGCUGGCCAAGUGCCGCCUGGUGGACAGCCAGCUGGAGCUGCUGCUGGAGCUGCUGACGACGUACGGCUUCGCGCGCAGCAGUGCUCGCUGGAGCUCGCUGUCGCUCCGAGCCAACCGCCUGUCGCCGUUCUCAGGCCCCACCCUGGAGCGGCUUCUGGCGCUGCCGGCUCUGUGCCGCCUGCAGCGCCUCACGCUGGCCUCCAACAGCCUGGGCAACGACGGCGCCAGCGCACUGGCCCGAGUGCUGCCCACAGCCUGCCCCGACAUCAGGGAGCUGGACCUGCGCUCCAACGGCAUCGGCGAUGUGGGGCUGUUGGCUCUGGCGGCCGCACUGCCGCUGGUGAACAGCCUGGAGCUGCUGCUGCUGUGGGGCAACUCCUUCUCGCCCGCCUCCAGUCGCGCGGUGGCGGAGGCGCUGGCGGCGCCGGCGCUGCGGCGGCUGCGGAGCGACCUGCGGCCCUACGUGGUGGACGGCGAGGUGGCGCUGGCACUGCAGGAGGUGGAGUGAUGGCACUGGCGGGAGGUGGGGCGGAGGAGCUGGGCAGCAGCUGGGAGCGAGGAGCGAGGAGUGAGGAGCGAGGAGGCACGGAGCUAGGAGCUGAGAGCUAGGAGGCAUGGAGCUAGGAGGCAGCGAGGCACGGAGCCGCAAGGCGUGAAGCAGGCUGAGCGUCAUGUGUGCAAAGGGCGGGGAGAUGCGGGAGUAUGUGGAAGGUGGGAGAGUUGCCAGGAGGCGGAAAGAGCUGCGAGGAUGGAGGGUGCGACCAACGCGAGGCGCAAGAGUUCACUGGUGGCGACAUUUGGACGUUUGGGUGCGGGUCAGUGUGACGCCCGUUGCGCUGUGGUCAUGUGGAGAGGAUGGGCAGGGGGCGAGGAGCGGCUAUGAGACUUUGUGCCGGGCAGUACCGUACGACAGGCGAGUGUGAGGACGGUGUGGGCGGUGUGGAGGACAGGAGCUGGGCAGCUGGCGGGCCAGUGGCGGCAUGGAUGAUGGGGGAGUGGGGGACGAAGGGGCUGUGGGCCCUAGUGGCCCCUAGUGGGCCUGUGGAGGCGAGGGGCUGGGGGCUGAAGGAGGCGGAGCCGCGGAGGGCCGUGCCUGCAGUGGGCGGUGGGCAGGGCCAGGCAGGGGUGGUGGUGCAGUGCGGUUGAGGUUGGUGCCCAUGUGUAAUGGUGCAGGGCUACACACAUGGCGCCGCUUGGACAAGGGAGUGUUUUACGCCAUGCUAAUCUUCGCUUAGUUCUGUUUCAAGUGCUGUGAUGGGGCACGCAAGGCAGCAGGGGACUUGACCACGACGAUGGGGAAGCCGGGACGGGGCCCUGCCCGGGGCGGAAGCGGAACUGGAUCCGGGACCACUCCCUGA